UCCACCUAGUAACUUCCAGGGCAGGUCUUCUCCAGUGCAUCAUGUCGUGUCUCAGCGGCAACAACUCCACCCUGUUCAUGUUCAUCCUGACGGGCAUCCCCGGGCUGGAAGCAGAACACUCCUGGCUCUCCAUCCCCUUCUCUUCCAUUUACCUUGUCGCACUGGUAGGGAACUGCACGAUCCUGUUUGUCAUCAAGACGGACUCCAGCCUGCAUGAGCCCAUGUACUAUUUCCUCUCUGUGCUGGCCCUCACCGAUCUGGGCUUGUCGCUCUCUACAAUGCCAACGGUGCUCAAAAUAUUCUGGUUGAACUCCAGAGAAAUUGGCUUUGAAGCCUGCUUUGCUCAGUUGUGUUUUGUUCACUUUUUCUCCUUUGUAGAGUCCUCCGUGCUCCUCGCCAUGUCCUUUGACCGCUAUGUUGCUAUCUGCAAGCCUCUGAGAUACACCUCCAUUCUCACCAAUGCCAAAAUCGCCAUGAUAGGCCUGGCUAUUCUGGGACGGAGCACAUUUCUGCCACUGCCGCUAGUGCUCAUGCUGAGAAGGUUGCCAUUUCGUAUGUCCCGUGUGCUGUCCCAUCCGUACUGUCUGCACCAGGAUCUGAUGCGGCUGGCAUGUGCAGACACCACAUUCAACAGAUUGUAUGGGUUAGUUCUAGUUUCCCUUAUAAUGAUAUUAGACCCUUUGCUCAUUGUGAUGUCCUAUGCUUUGAUUUUUAAGACAAUCCUGGGCAUUGCAUCCUGGAAGGAACGUCUGAAGGCCCUCAACAACUGUCUGUCCCACAUCUUUGCUGUGCUAGCACUCUACAUCCCCAUGAUUGGCUUAUCUCUGGUGUACCGGUUUGGCCACCACGCUUCUCCACUGGUUCAUGUCCUCAUGGCAAACAUCUACCUUCUUGUCCCCCCUGUGCUAAACCCCAUCAUAUAUAGUAUUAAAACGAAGCAGAUCCGCAAGGGGAUUGUCAGAGUCUUCGUGGAAAGGAAGGUGUGACUGAGAGAAGUUCACUUCUAAGGGACAUCUCCCUGUGAUAUAAUGAUGAUGAGGACACCCUUGCAUGUCUUUGCUGCACUCUGGGAGAAGAAAUUCAAGAUCGCUCUUCAGCUGGAAAACAUGCAUACUGCCAGGUUUGACUCUCCCCACAUCCACAAGCUAUAAGGGGACUCAUGGUGGUGAGUUGUGUGGUCCAGUCUCUUUAAUGACAGACUUUUCAACUGAGUUGAUGUCAGGCCCUGGUGAACCACUUCCAUGGGUUCAUGGAUAGGACAGAAGGGAGCAUGGGAAAAACCUGGGCUUAAAUCCUAUGUAUCAGCACCUGUUCAAUUGGGGUCUCAGAACGUGCUACACUGGGCUUCAUUCACCAGUGAUGGGCUGAACUUUAUGUUCUUGGUUUCAUUUUUCAGUCCCUGCCUAAUUAAGGAGCUCAUCAAAGUGCAGGAGUGGCGAGAGUUUAUCAAAUAUUAUGCUAUU